AUGACCAAAUUAUACCGGACCAGACCCGGCGCGCCAAGGCAUCCAGGGUUCUGCUCUUUGUUUCCGGAAUCGCAGGCCCAACUCCAGAGCUUGUUGGAGCUUGUCGGUCGCUGCGCAGCGUUUGCCUGGGUCGACACGGCACUCGAGAACCCGCUGAUCAAGCACUCUAGUGUAGCCAAAUGGAGGCGAUGCAUCAAACCUCAAUCACACAAGGGUCUUGCAACGGUCAAGAAUCCAGGCUAUUGGAGUCGAAUUCUUGUAUCAACACCUCUGUUUGUUCUGCCUGGGCGAGUCUCCAGCACGUGGAAUUUCGAGAACCACGACCAGCCUCGUACUCCGUACAUCCAUGCACUCACCUCGGGACCGUUGAUGAACGGGCCGGGGAGACAACCCGUAGUAGUGUUUGAUAACAUGGGCGGACUAUAUCCCAAAAUGGAGGGCUAUGCCGUGUCGGUGUCCUCCCCGGAUUUUGCGGGUGCAGGAGGCCCUGGUCGCCUGGUCAUGGUUUAA